AACGAUUUGACCUCUAGCCAAUCGCCAUUGGGGAGCGACGGAGCUCUGUUCCUUAUUCUUCCCCCAACCUCACUCCUCCGCCGAACAAGCCUCCAGGCCUCCCUCCAGCGGGCGAAGCACGCCAACUCGAAGGAUUUUUCUCCCAUAGUCGUCGCCAUCGUCCUAUCCCGCUCUGCCCAACUGCCGACGAGAGGAGAUACACCUGCAUGGCGAUGGCGGAGUUCUAACCGCAGUUGGUUUUCCAGUAAUUUGGGGGGUUCAACAGUUCAACAGAACCCCCAAAACCUACGUUAGAUCCGCCCCCCUGCCGAGCUCCGCUACAUAUAUGAUACUGUGACGGCAUUGUACAGUCCUUCGCUCCUUACUUUGCGCAUUGGUGAGGUUGAGACUUUUUAAUGGGCCAGAUGGUUUCCGAUGGUGUUGUCCAAGAACAGGCAGCUCGCAAUGUCGGGAUCAUUAAGAAUGGAAGGGAAAUCCUAUUGCAGGCUUUUAACUGGGAAUCCCAUAAACACAAUUGGUGGAGUAAUUUAGAGGGCAGAGUUGCCGACAUUGCUAAAUCUGGGUUUACAUCAGCAUGGUUGCCUCCACCGACACAAUCGUUAUCUCCAGAAGGCUAUCUGCCACAGAACCUGUACAGCCUUGACUCUUGUUAUGGUUCUCUUCAGCAGCUAAAUUCGUUGAUUCAGAACAUGAAUGACCACAAUAUAAGGGCUAUGGCUGAUGUUGUUAUUAACCAUCGAGUUGGGACUACUAAAGGAUUAAAUGGGAUGUAUAAUCGUUAUGAUGGUAUCCCAAUAUCAUGGGACGAACAUGCUGUUACAUCUUGUUCUGGUGGGAAGGGGAAUAAAAGUACCGGCGAUAACUUUGAUGGGGUUCCCAACAUAGAUCAUACCCAGCCAUUUGUAAGGAAGGAUAUUAUUGAAUGGCUGAUCUGGCUUCGGGAAACCAUUGGAUUUCAAGAUUUCCGCUUUGAUUUCACAAAAGGUUAUGCUUCAAAGUUUGUGAAAGAAUACAUUGAGGAAUCAAAGCCUCUUUUUGCAGUGGGGGAAUACUGGGACAGCUGUGAAUAUGCCCCCCCUGACAACCAUCUGAGCUACAAUCAGGAUAAACAUAGGCAGAGAAUUAUCAAUUGGAUAGAUAGCACUGGAGGACUUUGCGCUGCGUUUGAUUUCACAACAAAGGGCAUUCUUCAGGAAGCUGUGAAAGGAGAGUUGUGGCGUUUGCGCGACCCUGAAGAAAAGCCACCUGGUGUGAUGGGGUGGUGGCCUUCAAGAUCAGUCACAUUUAUUGAAAAUCAUGACACAGGGUCAACUCAGGGCCAUUGGCCAUUUCCACCUGACCAUGUCAUGGAGGGAUAUGCUUAUAUACUUACGCACCCCGGAAUCCCCACAGUGUUCUACGAUCAUUUCUUUGACUGGGGAGAUUCUUUCCAUGAUGAAAUAGCAAAACUGAUGGAGAUUAGGAAAUCCCAGGACAUACACAGUCGUUCAGCUGUCAAAAUUUUGGAAGCAAGCUCAAAUCUGUACUCGGCAAUAAUCGAUGAUAAGUUGUGCAUGAAGAUUGGAGAGGGCUCCUGGUGCCCAAGCGGGCCAGAGUGGAAGCUGGCGGCAUGUGGAGACAGAUAUGCCGUGUGGCACAAGUAGGCAUCAGCGAACCAUAUUUGCGCUGAAGAGAAGAUAUUAGCCUGGUAACUGAAGUACACCACGCCAGAUUACCGCAGCAUACCUACACCCAUCUAUUAUGAAUAACGAUACGUGUGAGUGGAACGGUCCUGAAGAGGCGCUAAUGCCGCGCUUCUCCUGCCUGCCUAGGUUCAGAGUUCUGGGACAAACCUGACCGCCACCUUACUUUAUUCUAGUGCCAAACUUGAAAAUAAAACAAAAUUUUAUUUGGCUAGCCAAUAAUAGAGGGCAUCAUCUAUCUCUUUAUGUAUGAAAAAAAAAAUACAGAAUGUACAUGUAUAAUGUGACUUACGCACAUAGCUGCUUGAUUAUAUAUUAUAUAGAAAAAAGGGUUUCAUGUCUCA